AUGACAAUAUUAAAAACAGACGUCCAUCUUGAUCGUUUCGAUUCUUGUUCAUUAUUUUCACGUGUUAAUUUGACACGUGUUUUAUGUGGCUUUGGUGUAUAAAUAUUAAUUAUUCGGAUAUAAACUCGAAUAUAUAUAUAUAACACAAUGGUUGUGAUAGGUAAAAAGAAGUAUGAAAGUGGUGAAGGUGCGCAGUUUAUAACAAGGAGAGCUGCUCUCAGAAAAUUACAAUUGACACUAAAUGAUUUUCGUAAAUUAUGCAUAUUGAAAGGUAUAUAUCCGAGGGAACCGCGUAAUCGUAAAAGAGCAAAGGGUGAACCUGGGAUUAAAACUUUAUAUCAUAAGAAAGAUAUUCAAUUUUUGAUGCACGAACCGAUGAUAUGGAAGCUAAGAGAUUACAAGAUAUUCAAUAGAAAAAUUGGACGGGCAAAAGCAAUGAAAGAUUUUGCCAAAGUAAAAAGAUAUUUGAGUAAUCAUCCUACAUUAAAAUUGGAUCAUAUAGUCAAAGAACGUUAUCCAACAUUCAUAGAUGCUUUGCGCGAUUUAGAUGACUGUUUAACUCUCUGUUUUCUAUUCAGUACAUUUCCAUCAUUGUCUCAUAUACCAAGAGAUCAGUCGUUAUUAUGCAGGAGAUUAACAAUUGAAUUCCUCCAUGCUGUUAUAUAUUCCAAAGCACUGCGUAAAGUGUUUGUAUCUAUUAAAGGAUAUUAUUAUCAGGCAGAGAUAAAAGGGCAAACAAUAACAUGGAUAGUGCCCCAUCACUUUUGUUUCGAACCUCAAGCAAAGAACGAAGUUGAUUUUAAAAUCAUGUCUACAUUUGUAGAAUUUUAUAUUGUGAUGCUUGGUUUUGUUAAUUACAGACUGUAUCAUACUUUGAAUUUACAUUAUCCUCCAAAAUUGACAAAUACUGGAAAUAUCGAGAAACUCGUUGAUGAAGAAGCAUAUGUGUCGGAAAGAAUAAAUGCAUUGAAUAUAUCAUUAGUCAGCUUGGAUCCUUCCACAUCAGCGAUUGAAGAUGAAGAAGUUGAAAUAGAUCAAUUUUCAAAUGAGACAGAUGCUACCAAGAUAGAAGCUGCUAGGGUAGAAGCUGAAAAAAUACGAAAAUUGAAGAAUUUGUUCAAGGGCAUAAAAGUCUUUAUUAAUAGAGAAGUACCCAGAGAACCCUUAGUAUUCAUUUUGCGUUGCUUUAGUGGAGAAGUUUCUUGGGAUAAAUUACUCUUUGUUGGUGCCACUUUUGAUGAGAAUGAUGAAACAAUAACUCAUCAGAUUGUAGAUAGACCAAGCAUGAAUAAACAAUAUGUAUCAAGAUAUUACAUACAACCGCAAUGGAUUUUUGAUAGUGUCAACGCGAGAGAAUUAUUACCUGUGGAAAAAUAUUUAAUGGGUGCUGUACUUCCUCCUCAUCUCUCACCAUUUACAGAUAAUCGACACGAUCAAACUUACAUUCCUCCAGAAGAACGUGCUCUUAUGGAUCCUGAUUAUAAACUAGACAAUUUGGAAGUAGAUUCAGAUGAAGAAGCAGAAAGUGAUGAUAAGAAUGAGGAUGAAGAAGAAGAAAUGGAAGUUCAGGAUGAUCUAAAAUCAGGAAGGAAUGAAGAGAUUGAAAAAGAAGAAGAAGAGGAGGAGGAUGAUGAUGAUGAUAAUGAUGAUGAUGUACAGAUUGCUGAAGACGAAAAAAAUAAAAAGAAGAAACAAACUCAAUUGGAAAAGAAAAAGGAAAUGAAGGUACAAGCUGGUGAAAUUACGAAGGAAAAUCCAUGGGAAAAAGCCAAACGAGAAAAACAAGAAUAUCGUCUUAGAGAGAAGAUGAUUAAAAAGAAGCAUCGCAAUUUGUAUAAGAGUAUGAUGAAAGGUCGAGAGGAAAGAGCUAAAGAAAUCUGGCUCUUGCGGAAGAAGAGACGCAUCAAUGAUGCUAAGGAAAAAGAAAAACAAAAAGAACGGAGAAAGCAGCCAAAUAAAAAUAAAUCUGUUAAAGCAUAGCAGUAGAUUAAUUAAAUACAAAAUCAAGUAUGUAUUGUGUUUUAUUUUCUAUACAUAAACAAGAAAUUCUAAUAUUACACACA